AUGGCUCGGGGCGAGCGGCGGCGUCGCGGAACGCCGGCGGACGGAGUGCGGGCAGCCGAGAGGGCGUCUCGGGGCGGAUCCGCGCGUCGGAGCGGCGGGUCCCGCAGCGCAACCGGAGGAGUGGCUCUGGCCGUUGUGGUCUUGUCGCUGGCCCUGGGCCUGUCAGGGCGCUGGCUACUGGCAUGGCACCGUGCACGGCGAGCAGUCACGCUGCACUCGGCGCCCCCGGCGUUGCCCCCCAACUCCUCCAGCCCCGCCGUGGCCCCAGACCUCUUCUGGGGUACCUACCGCCCCCAUGUCUACUUUGGCAUGAAGACCCGUAGUCCGCAGUCCCUCCUUACCGGACUGAUGUGGGCGCAGCAGGGUGCCACCCCAGGGACCCCCAAGCUCAGGCACACGUGUGAACAGGGAGACGGCGUGGGUCCCUAUGGCUGGGAGUUUCAUGACGGCCACUCCUUCGGGCGGCAGCAUAUUCAAGAUGGGGCCUUAAAGCUCACCACUGAGUUCGUCAAGAGGCCUGGGGGACAGCAUGGAGGGGAAUGGAGCUGGAGAGUGACUGUAGAGCCUCAGGCUUCAGGUACCCCCUUGGUCUCCCUGUUCUUCUAUGUGGUGACAGAUGGCAAGGAAGCCCUAGUGCCAGAGGUUGGGGCAAAGGGGCAGUUGAAGUUCAUCAGUGGGCAUACCAAUGAACUUGGUCAUUUCCGCCUUACACUGAUGCCACCAACGAGUCCCGUGGAUACUGCCCCCAAGUAUGGCAGCUACAAUGUCUUCUGGUCCUCCAACCCAGGACUGCCCCUGCUGACAGAACUGGUGAAGAGUCGUCUAAAUAGCUGGUUUCAGCAUCGGCCCCCAGGGACCUCUCCUGAACACUAUCUCGGCUUGCCAGGGUCACUGAAGUGGGAGGACAGAAGCCCAAAUGAGCAAGGAAAGGGACAAGGGCAGUUUCUGAUACAGCAGGUAACACUGAAAGCCCCCUUUUCUGUGGAGUUGGUGUUUGAGUCUGGCAGUGCCCGUGAGGGAAGGAGCCUUGCUCCGGAGCGGCUAGCAGGCAGCCGCCUGACACAGGCCCUGGAGAGUCAUGCUGAAGCCUUUAGAGAGCGCUUUGAGAAGACCUUCCAGCUGAAGAAAAAGGGCCUGAGCCCAGAAGAACAAGCUUUGGGCCAGACUGCCCUUAGUGGCCUCCUUGGUGGGAUUGGCUAUUUCUAUGGACAAGGUCUGGUGUUGCCAGACAUGGGAGUGGAGGGAUCUGAGCAGAAGGCAGACCCAGCCCUCUUUCCACCUGUCCCUCUUUUUACAGCGGUGCCCUCCCGGUCAUUCUUCCCAAGAGGCUUCCUUUGGGAUGAGGGCUUUCACCAGCUGGUGGUCCAGCGCUGGGACCCCCACCUUACCCGAGAGGCCCUAGGCCACUGGCUAGGGCUGCUCAAUGCUGAUGGCUGGAUUGGACGGGAGCAGGUGUUGGGCGAUGAAGCCCGUGCUCGGGUGCCUCCAGAAUUUCUGGUGCAGCGGGCAGCACAUGCCAACCCCCCAACCCUUCUUUUGCCCAUCAUUCACAUGUUAGAGGGGGAUGAUCCUGCAGACUUUGCCUUCCUCCGCAGGGCCUUCCCCCGCCUGCAUGCCUGGUUCUCCUGGCUCCAUCAGAGUCAAGCAGGGCCAGUCCCACUAUCUUAUCGUUGGCGGGGCCGGGACCCAGCCUUGCCAAACCUGUUGAACCCCAAGACACUGCCCUCUGGACUGGAUGACUACCCCCGAGCUUCACAUCCUUCGACUGCUGAGCGGCACUUGGAUCUGCGGUGUUGGGUGGCACUGGGCGCCCGUGUGUUGGUGCAGUUGGCAGAGUUGUUGGGGGAAGUGGAAGCAGCUACCAGACUGAGCCCACUGGCUACCUCACUGGCGGCAGAGGCAAGCCUGGAUGAGCUACACUGGGCCCCAGAGCUAGGGGUCUUUGCAGACUUCGGGAACCACACGAAAGCAGUGCAACUAAAGUCUAGGCCCCCUCAUGGGCUAGUGCGGGUGGUGGGUCGGCCCCACCCUCGAAUGCAAUAUGUGGAUGCCCUGGGCUAUGUCAGUCUCUUUCCCUUUUUGCUUCGGCUGCUGAGCCCCAACUCAUCCCACCUUGGGCCCUUGCUGGAUGUUCUAGCUGACAGCCGCCAUCUUUGGAGCCCUUUUGGUUUGCGUUCCUUGGCAGCUUCCAGUUCCUUUUAUGGCCAGCGCAAUUCAGAGCAUGAUCCUCCUUAUUGGAGGGGUGCUGUGUGGCUCAAUGUAAACUAUUUGGCCUUGGGAGCACUCCACCAUUACAGGCAUCUGGAGGGUCCCCACCAGACCAGGGCUGCCAAGCUCUAUAGUGAACUGCGUGCCAAUGUAGUGGGCAAUGUGUGGCGGCAGUAUCAGGCCACAGGCUUCCUAUGGGAGCAAUAUAGUGACCGAGAUGGGCGGGGAAUGGGCUGCCGCCCUUUCCAGGGCUGGACCAGCCUGGUCCUACUGGCCAUGGCUGAAGACUACUGA